UUCAGUAGAACUCGACACCAUCGCCAUCAUCACUUUCAUUUGCUUCGCUCUGGGAGUUCCUCAACACAGACGAGGAACAAGGUUAGACUGAAGAAGACGCCGACCGGUACGUCACCAUGAGAUCGCUGUUGAAGCCGGAACCUUCCAUCUCCGUGGCGUCAAUCUACAAUCCCAGUGAUCGUGUCUCCACGCUCUCGCGGAUCCAAAAUUCUCUCAACUUAUCCUCAAAGCUCCACGACUGUUUGAUUCGGCGAAAGAUAUCUGUAACUGUAAGAGCUACACUGGACUCGCUGACGAUCGAUCAUCUAGGGCUUCCGGAGACUAAUGGUAUUCUAAAUCCUGCUAUUUCUUCUUCGUACCGCAGUUCGAAGCUCCUUAAGCCGAAUCAGACGGUGUUAGAAGCUCAGGCUAGGGUUUGUACGGGACCCACGCAGACUAGGCCGCUCGGUGAAGACCAGGCUUUUAAAGUGUUAGAAACUAUUCUAAAAUCCGCUAGGGGAGAACUCAAAGAUGAAGAGGAAGUUUCUAGAGCACAGCUUGGAGCAUUUUUUUCUGCAAUGACAAUCCGUGCAAAUGCCUUUCCAGAAGCAACUCAGUGGAGUGAAGGGGAAAUACAUGCAAUGAAUACAUUCUGGCCACUCCUGGUUCAAGCACUUCCACCGGAUGUUAUCUUCAUAGCUGAUCCUGAAGGUUCUUUAAUGGGAGUUGGGAGUUCAAUUGGGCCUCAGUAUGUUGGUAAUGAUACUACUGAAAUGCGACUGGUUGGUGCCCUUAGGGAAGUUUUAGCGGGAGGUCAUCUUGGAUACGAGGAGGUCCAUGGUGUUUUAAAAGAUGUUCUUCCUUUGAAAUUUGAAAAUGUGAAAUCAUCUGGAGUUAGAGAGUCAUUGCUUUCUGCAUUUCUAAUUGGCCAACGUAUGAACCUGGAGACGGAUCGAGAGCUUAAGGCAUACUGUCUUGCAUUUGAUGAUGAGCAUGGUCCUGUGCCCGUUGCUGAUGUUAGAUCAUUGACUCAUUAUGGUGACCCAUAUGAUGGAAACACGCGUUACUUCAGGAGCACAUUGUUUGUUGCUGCAGUUAGAUCCUGUUAUGGUGAAUCUUGCUUGCUUCAUGGUGUGGAAUGGAUGCCUCCUAAGGGGGGUGUAACUGAAGAACAAAUGCUGAAGUUCAUGGGCGCAAAUACAUACUUAUCUCCAUUGCAAGCAAAGGAACUUCUUGAGGAUGAGGAGGUUGGUUUUGCCUACACGAGUCUGCGUGAAGCUCGCCCUUCCCUAUAUUCAUUAAUUGAGUUGAGGGAGCAUAUAAAGAAACGCCCAUCACUGGCUACUUCUGAGAAGGUUCAGCAAUUUGUGAGGGCUCGAGGAAGGGAAGCAGUUGUUGCUGGGUUUUAUCAUGAAGGUUAUGAGGAGCCACUGUUAAUGCUUAUGAAAAGAAGAGGUGUUCACUCUGGUUUGGUGGUUAAGGGUGAGGAGGGGGCCCUCACAAUGACAACAAGAUUGCGAUCCGUGAAUGCUUCUAAAGGACUUCCUGUCAACUACUGUUCAGGCUUCCGUUCACUGAGUGCAGCAUCUGCUCUUGAAGUUGAUGCAGGGGUGUCCCGUCAGAGUUUCAAUGUUGAGGUUAAUGCAAAAGAUUAUGGUUUUGAACCCACUGAAACUCCGAGAACUGAUAGAUCGGUGUUGAGGAAUAUCGAAUUGGGUUUGGCAGCUCUAAGCGGUGAAAAAGGACCAGCAUAUGAUAGGAUCGUGCUGAAUGCUGGGAUGGUGGAUCAUCUCCUGGGCUGUGAUGGUGCAGAAGACAUAUCCUUGGCUUUGGAUAGAGCCAGAGAGGCCAUUGACAGUGGUGAAGCCCUCAACAAGUUAGUAAAUUACAUCAAAUUCUCUCGCAAAAUGAAGCAAAACUAAUCUUGCUGCGCCUUGUGCUAUUUUUGGGUCACAUUACAGUUUUUUUUUUUUAAUUUUUUUAUUUGGAGUCUGGAGAGAGUUGAGGUCUUUUUUUAUUUUUUGUUGUUGGGGGGGGGGGGGGGGGGGGGGGGGGAGGUGUUGUUGGAUUUUGGGGAGUGAAGAACUGAAGCAGAGAAAGUGCUGGGCUGAAAGAAUUUCUCUUAUGCGAUAGAUUACUUCAAUGAACAUAAUGUCAAAUAUAUACAGCUUGUAAAUGAAUCUUCGUCUAACUAAUUCUAUACAAAGCAUAUUUCUGUUAA